AUGGAAGCAGAGCAAAUCAUGGAGCUCUUUGAUUCUUACUGGUUUGAGCUUGAAAUCCUCAAGAAACAACCAUUUUCAGCAAACUCAUCAAGAUUUGAAGCUGCCCCAGUUCAUGAAAUUGAAGAACAACCAUCAAAACCAGAGGUCUUACGCAUUCCAAGCCUCCAUACUAGAUCCAUGAGCGAAGAUUUGAGCUCCAAAACGAGCUUUAUAAAUUACGGUUCUCUCUCGCCAGACUCAGUCCUCCACAGACCAAAGCUCACCACCAUUAUUUCUGGAAAAGAAGCUACAGAAUCAAUGGAAGAAAUUCCAGUACAAAAACAUGAAACAGAGUCAUCGAAGAAGGCUAAAAUUGAGAGAAGAAGGAAGAAGGGCGGGAGCAAGAGCUUGACAGACCUUCAGUUUGAGGAGCUAAAAGGGUUUAUGGAUUUGGGAUUUGUUUUCUCAGAAGAAGACAAAGACUCAAACUUGGCUUCAAUCAUUCCAGGUCUGAAAAAAUUGGGGAAGAAGGAUGAUGGUGAAGAAAACGAGGAAGCUUUUGAAGAUGAGUCUGCGAUUUCAAGGCCUUAUCUUUCUGAAGCGUGGGAGGUGAUGGAGAAGAGAAAGAAAGAGAAGAAGCCAUUGAUGGAUUGGAGGUUUCCAUCUUUGAGCAAUGAAAUUGACAUGAAGGACAAUCUCAAAUGGUGGGCUCAUACUGUUGCUUCUACAGUUAGAUGA